AUGCAGACUGCUUCUACAAACAUUUGUGAAAGAAUGGGUCGCUCUCAGGAGCUCAGUGAAUUCAAGCGUGGUAGUGUGAUAGGUUGCCACCUGUGCAAUAAGUCCAUCUGUGAAAUUUCCAUGCUACUAAAUAUUCCAUGGUUAGCUGUUAGUGUUAUUCUAACAAAGUGGAAGCAACUGGGAACAACAGAAACUCAGCCAAAAGUGGUAGGCCAAGUAAAAUGACAGAGCGGGGUCAGUGCAUGCUGAAGCGCACAGCGCACAUAAGUCACCAACUGUCUGCAGAGUCAAUAGUUCCAGUGAAGGGAACUCUUAAGGCGUCAGCAUACCAAGACAUUUUGAACAAUUUCAUG